GCUGUACGCAUGCGUCACUUGGCAUUACAGUAGUGAAUGAAAACUGCCUCAUACCAUGGAGUGAUUUGUUUGCAUAGAUUUGAGUAUCGACUCUCUCAGUUAGCUUCACCAUGACACAUUUCUCAACUCGUCAGAGCUGCUAAACACGCAGUUACUACUAGCUAAGAUAGCAGCUAAAGCUAGCUUGUUCGUGUUUUUCAUUGCUUGUUUACUUGUCGUCUCUAACCAAUAAGUGCCUGUGGAAAUGCAGAGAAUGAGGCUUUGGAAAACUGGUUGGCAGCUGCUGAAAACUAGCAGUGAAGGAGCAACAAAACAAGUAAACAAGUUCUCUUCGUCCUCACGAAGUUAUAGCCAUUUCCCUCCUCAGGGCCUCAACUCUUUCGGGCUCCUCUUUGAUAUUGAUGGGGUGCUGGUUCGGGGCAGGACGCCAAUCCCUGCAGCCAAGCAGAUCUUCAGGAACCUGGUGGACAAAAAUGGAAAAUACAAAGUGCCUGUGGUGUUUGUCACCAAUGCUGGGAACUGCAUGAGGCAGACUAAAGCUGAGCACCUGUCACAUCUGCUGGAGACAGAGGUGUCUCCAGACCAGGUGAUGCUAUCCCACAGUCCUUUGCGAAUGUUUUCCCACUUCCACAAAAUGUGUGUGCUUGUGUCAGGACAGGGUCCAGUUGAAGAGGUGGCUCACAACCUGGGUUUUCAAGAUGUUGUCACUGUAGAUAUGCUGAGAGAGGCAUAUCCUCUUCUAGAUGUCGUGGACCACAACAGAAGGCCCAAAGAUAGUAUUCCAAGCACCAGAGGCUUACGGCCAAUAGACGCUGUCAUCUUAUUUGGUGAGCCAAUCAGAUGGGAGACCAACCUUCAGCUUAUUGUUGAUGUCCUUCUAACGAGUGGGAGCCCAGACAAUAACUGGAGUUCUGUUCGGUACCCUCACAUCCCCGUCCUGGCCUGUAAUAUGGACCUCCUGUGGAUGGCAGAGGCGAAGAAUCCCAGGUUUGGCCACGGUAUGUUCCUGGUGUGUUUAGAAAGCUUGUACAAGAAGGUCACAGGUUAUGACCUCAAGUAUGAGGCUUUGAUUGGUAAACCCAGUGUGGUGACAUAUAACUAUGCUGAACUGCUGAUCAGACAGCAGGCAGAGAGACUGGGCUGGACCACACCUGUGAAGAGGCUGUAUGCUAUAGGUGAUAAUCCGAUGGCUGACAUAUAUGGUGCCAACCUCUACAACAGCCACCUCCAGGCCUAUCGGCGUACGAAGACACAACAGCAGGCCAAAAGUGGUGGAGAAUGUGCGGAUCCCCAUCCAGCGACUGCGGAUGAUACCCAUAAAAUGAUGUCAGAUGAACUGGGUGUACACGGAGCAGAGGGUCGUCCUGAGGGCUGCAGCUCCAUCCUGGUGUGUACAGGCGUGUAUAGCAGAGAUCAGCAGGAACUACCCUCAGACCCCACACACACCGUCACUGAGCAGCGCAUCUUCCAUGGUCACAGGGACUUCCGCUUUGACCCCAGUCUCACCCAGCCGUCCUUUGUGGUGCAGGAUGUAAAGGAGGCUGUGGAGCUGGUGUUCCAGCAGGAGGGCUGGCCGCUGGAGUAGGAUUAGCUACUUCUGCCUGUCCAGCUACAUUUCAUAGCCCCAUGUUUUCAUCCUUUUACCCACAGCACAGAUCUAAUGGUCAUUUACAGUAGUAGCAGAAGCUUUAUGAGUUGAAUUUUGUCUCAUCUAUGCCCUGAUUGUCACAGGGAGGAUGAAGUUUCACUGUUACUGUUUGUUUUUUCAGUUGCAUAAAGUGCCAUAGGGUCACUGCAGUAAGCAGCAAUAUGCAGUUUUAAUGCAAAAUAAGAGUAGGUUAUGGGCAAGUCACCAUAAUGUAUUACAAACCUGCCACAGAGUUUUUAAAAAUUGUUUAUGAAAAACACACAUUUUAAGAUUUCAUUGCCUAUUAUUAUAUAUGUUGUACAUGCUCAAGAACUUUUCAGGUUAAGUGUGAUGUCCGUCCAUUCUUGAGCCUACAGAUUGCCCACAGAUUGUAAAGAAUACAAAUGUAGCUGUGAAGUUACAUGCAUUUUUACCAGCUGAUAUGUUCAUGUUCAAAUAGAGUUACGGACAUUUUAAGAUGGAUAUAUUUGAGGUGAUCCACAAAGAUUCUUUGGCCUUUGACACAAUGUUCUUUUCUAGAGGAGAUGGAUUUUAUUCUUUGCACAACAUGCACAUAGUCUACCUAACUGGCUCAUCUUGCCUUUCUGAGAAAUCCACCCCCCAGGUCUCACAUAGAGCAGUCCUACUGUUUGUUUUUACUGCUUAUCAUAUUUCAGCUGAAUUCACUACAUAGGGUGAAUGUGUAACCACUAAUACUGAGGAGAUAAAACCUUCAUUGUAAUACCUCAUUAGUUUUGAUUUUAACCGUAUGAAGAGCACAAUAAUUUUAUUUAAAAAGUAGGUGAAAUAGUCAUAUUUUGUGAAAAUAUGAGAAAUGUGAAAGUUUCCACAGAAAUUAAAGUGGUGCUAUUUUCCUGUGAGGUUUUUGUGGUCAAGGAUAAUCAUGACUUGUUAAUGUGUAUGUCUGUAGAAGAAGAAUUUUACACGACAAAAUGUUUGAUUACGUUUUGAGCACCAGUGAAAAUUACAAGUGCUCUUAAGUAACUGGUAAUAACAUUUCUGUGAUUUGAAGGUUAAGAAAGUGGAUCUUAAAGUCGUAUUGUAUGAAAGAUUAAUUAAAAUAAUGAAAGACUGGGAAA